ACUGCUUCGUCCUCAUCAUCCUACAAGACGGGGCAUGUCAUAGCCUACACACCACAAUCUCCCGUUCGAAUUUCCUCCAUUCUGCCUCAAUCCGCAGCAGAUCAUCCUCGCCCAGCAGCAUCCCCGCAAUGCGCGCUCCGUCUCCGCUCCUGCGGAGUCUGAGACCCGCCCUUCCUUCACGACGUCUGCCUCGACACCAACUCCUGAACAAAACACCCUUUGAGCCAGUCUCCAGAGCCGCCGCAAGCUAUACACAUCCGCACCAUGCUUCCGCUAUAUCCGUUCUUCCCACCGCGGUGGACACCUCAUCCUCGGACUUCAGAGAGAACGCCCAGCAAAUGCAGGAGCUGCUCGACCGAAUGACCAACCUCCAUAGCACCAUCUCUCACGGAGGCCCCCAAAAAGCAAAGGACAAGCACCUCGCGCGAGGGAAAAUGCUCCCCCGUGACCGCGUCACGGCUCUGAUCGACCCAGGCACCUCGUUCCUGGAACUCUCCCCGCUAGCCGGCCACGAAGUCUAUCCCGGUGAAGACGUCCCAGCAGGAGGUAUCAUCACCGGCAUUGGCACCGUCGAAGGCGUCACCUGUAUGAUCGUGGCCAACGACAGCACCGUCAAAGGAGGCACAUACUACCCCAUCACUGUGAAGAAGCAUCUCCGCGCCCAGGCGAUCGCCCAGGAAAACAAGCUCCCCUGUCUCUAUCUCGUCGAUUCCGGCGGCGCAAACCUCCCGCAUCAGGCAGACGUCUUCCCAGAUCGAGACCACUUUGGCCGCAUCUUCUUCAACCAGGCCCGAAUGAGCUCCCUGGGCAUCCCCCAAAUCUCCGUCGUCAUGGGCCCCUGCACGGCCGGAGGCGCCUACGUCCCCGCCAUGAGCGACGAGACUAUCAUCGUCGAGAACCAAGGCACCAUCUUCCUCGCUGGUCCUCCUCUAGUCAAAGCCGCCACCGGCGAGGAGGUCUCCGCCGAAGACCUCGGUGGCGGUCACCUCCACAGCACCAUCUCCGGCGUAACCGACUACCUGGCCGUGGACGACGCCCACGCCCUCAUCCUCGCCCGCCGCUCCAUCUCCAACCUAAACUACCCCCAGACCUCGCUCCCCCUGAAAGGUCUCCCCAGCGACACUAUCAAAGAACCCCUCUACGACCCCACCGAGCUCAACGGUAUCGUCGGCACCAACCUCCGCCGCCAGAUCCCCGUUCACGAAGUCAUCGCCCGCAUCGUCGACGGCAGCGAAUUCGCCGAAUUCAAACGCGACUACGGCACCACCUUGGUCACCGGCUUCGCACGCAUCUUCGGCCACCAGGUCGGCAUCGUCGCCAACAACGGCAUCUUAUUCUCCGAGUCCUCCCUCAAAGGCGCCCACUUCAUCGAGCUCUGCGCCCAACGCAAGAUUCCCCUCGUCUUCCUCCAAAACAUCUCCGGCUUCAUGGUCGGCGCCGACGCCGAAAAGGGCGGAAUCGCUAAGAACGGCGCCAAGCUCGUCACGGCCGUCGCUUGCGCCGACGUGCCCAAGUUCACCGUCGUGUUCGGGUCCAGCGCCGGCGCGGGCAACUACGGAAUGUGCGGCCGCGCCUACUCCCCCCGUUUCAUGUUCAUGUGGCCCAACGCCAAGAUCGGGGUGAUGGGCUCCGAGCAACUCUCCGCCGUGAUGGAAGCCGUAGGCCGCACGGCGGAUCCGGCCCUGAAGACGCGCAUCGAUCGCGAAUCCGAGGCCGUUUUCUCCUCCGCGCGACUCUGGGACGAUGGCGUGAUCCCCCCGGCGCAGACGAGACGGUUCCUGGGUUUGGGGCUGGCGGCUGCCGUCGGCGGGAAGGUCGAUGCCGAUGUGCAGACGCGGUUUGGCGUUUUUAGGAUGUAGGCUAGCUGGAUAGAUGAGUGGUGGGGUAUAUCUUAUGUCUAUGGUUGGUUAUGCUUUGUAGAUGGUUGGGUGAGAAGGUGGCAAUUGGAGAUGCUUGCGUUCGAGGCGUAAGCUUCUCUAGGACUGGGGUUAUAUUGUGUUUUAGUUACCAUGCAUGCGGCAUUGAUGACUUACCUACUUACCUUAACUACUCACUUGGUUACCUAAGUACUGAGUUUACUUGGUUUGUUAUCUUUUAGA